GCCAAAACCAAUGCCAACACCAAUACCAUUAACAAAAGCUAAAAAUCCACCGCCACUGCCACUCAACAUUAAAUCCAUCAACCAUCCAUCACAUCAGCCAACAACGGCGACACACGCACACACACACACAACGCUGGCGCCGCAUCAUCAUCAGCAGCCAACGACGCAGCAACAUGUUGCCAACGCAACAACGACACCAACAACAACCAACAUAACGACGCGAACGCAUACGCCACAAACUACACAAGCGAGCACGGGGAUGUCAGCGCAGACGACGAGCGCCAAAUACACGAGAAGUCCAACACAACAACAGCAACAACAACACUACCAACAACGUACAACACCCACUACAGCUACAACAACACCGACAAAAAGUACACAACAACAACAGCAGCAACAUCAAAGACUGACCCCAGGCGAGCGCACGCGCGCCGCGGCCACUACAAGAACAACAGCAACACCAACAGCAUCAGCGCCAACGUCACGUGAGCACACACCCACGCGCACCACACAAUCACAUUCACAACAACAACAACAUCAGCAACACAAUCAGUCAUCCUUACAGCGCCAAACAUCGGUGAAUCAACAAAAAUCACAACAACAACAUCAACACGAACAGAGGCGCGACCUCGAACGCAAAGACUCACAGCGCGAACGCGAUCGCGCGAAAGAGCGUGAACAUGAGCGCCAGCGUGCACAUGCUGAUGCGCGCGAGCGUGAGCAUGAGCGCGAGCACGAACGCGAGCACGGACGCGCACGUGGCCGUGAGUUGGAGCACGAGCGUGAACGGCAGCGUGAUUAUGCGCACGAACGUGCACGUGAUUACCAACACGAUCGGGAGUAUGCGCGUGAACGUGAGUAUGCCGCACGUGAGCGUGAAUAUGAGCGUGAGUUGUCACGUGAUGCGCGUCACGCUGAGUAUGAGCGCGAGCUGCCACGUGAUGCACGCCAUAGCGAGUAUGAGCGUGAUCGUGAGCGUGAUUACGCGCGCGAACGUGAGUAUGAGCGAGAGCGCGACUCCGAACGUGAACACGCCCCACCACCGUCAUCAGCACACACAACACAACAACAAGCCCAUCAUCACCAACAACAAACACAUUACAAUAAAACGAAUUAUAAUUCCGUUUACCAGUAAAAAAAGAACAAAAGGAAAACCAACAAACAAACAAACAAAACCAAACGAAUUUGAGAAAUUGCUAACGAAAUUAACCACCAACAACAAAGAAACGUAUGCUUGUAAAAUUAAUUACUUAACGCAGUAACAACAACAAUAACAGCAAUAGCAACAUGGUACAAACAACAUGAACAACAAAAUUGAAACAACAACUCUACACAACAACAACAAUAGUAACCAUGCAUGGAACAACAAUAAAGUCUAUAAUUUUGAAUUGUGCAAACUGUGUAACUUCCACGCGUUAAAAGAAACACUUAGCAAUUCCUGUACGCAAUAGUCCAAUUCUAGCAACAACUUACAAUUAACUAUCUGCAUAGCGCCGCCGUUCGUUUCACUACAAUACCCCCGCCUACGCGUUCCAUCUUAGUACCCCGCGCUCUCAUAGUAUCGCUUAAAAUUUUUCUCCUCUCUAUCUCUCUCUCUCCGAUCAUAGAAAAAAAUAUUAAAAAAAUUAAAAAAAAAAAUGUUUUGUGUGCUUAAACGGUUAUAAUUUUUAGCUUUUGUACACCAACACGCUAAAUUGUAUUAUUUGCAAUUUUCACCACACACACACACGAGAUACUCAGCCAAGUUGUAGAGACAUUUAACAGCUUAUUUUUGCUUCCGCCUCGUCUAUGUUUUUUAGAUGUUUGUGCUUAGUGUUUUAUGGUCAGCUUUAAAUGCUUCAAACGCUUAAAAUCACGUUCGCAGCAGCAGCAAGUAUGAGGAGGCGUCCAACGCGCCAUGUUAAGGUUGCCGAGCUUAUGUUAGGUUGAGUGCUAACAGCACUUGUUUUGUAUUUUCAACAGGAAAUUUAAGAAAAUUUUAGUUUAGACUGAGUUCUUUAGGGUUAAAUGUUGUAAGGAAGGUUUGUCAAUUGUGGAAAUAGGCGACAGCGUUGCCAACUUGUUUAAAAGUGUUUCGCUUUUUGUUAAAAAAAGUUUAAUUUCUAUGAAGAUCUCAAAAAGUGUUGUUAAAUGCGAUUUAGGUAUUACGAUUUAUACAAUAAACCCAGUGUUUAUGCUAAACAUCAGUCUGAAAGUUAAACUCAAGUUUAAAAACAAGUUGAAUCUCUAAGAAGACACCUAAAAGUGCUGUUCAAUACGAUUUAGGUGAUAAAUUUUAUACUUUAAACUCCGUGUUUAUGUUAAACACCAAUAUAAGGCAUAAACUCGAGUUAGCGCCCCAACAUGAACUCUAUAAAAAGCACCUAAAAGUGCCGUGUAAGUGUACUUAAUGAUCAUCAUUUGUACGCUAAACUCCAUGUUGAGGCUAAACACCAGUAUGACGCAUAAACUCGAUGAAAUGGGCUAACUAAAGCUUUCACCGAAACCUCAUGCAGCAUUGGAAACUCUUGCUUUACACCUGCGCUGUUGAGCACUUUGCUUUAUUGCAUAUUUAAACUUCCAAAUUUAUUCGUAUCAAUAAAACACUGCCACAACAACAAACACUGUAAACACUUUUACACGAAUGAGUAUCUCGAAAGCAACACAAACAAACCAGAAAACUGAACAAAAACAACAAUAAACUAAAAUCCAAACAACAAAAAAUGGUAAAACCCCAACACUUUUUAUAAAAAAAUGUAAAAAAAAAAGAAAAAAAAAUAAAAAUUAAAAAAAAUAUAUAUAAAAACAUUAAAAAAAAAUAUUUCAAACAAAAACUAAAAUAAAAAAAUUAAAAAAAAAAUAUAAAAAAUAAAAAUGAAAUAUUUUCAAAAAAUAUUUAAUAAUAUUCAAAAAAAAUAUUUAAAAAUAUUUUAAAAAAUAUUUAAAAAAAUAAAAAUAAAAAUAAAAAUACACCGAAAUACCAAAACAACCCAUAGCAAGUACCAAACCAACACAACAACAACACUGCAGUUCAAACCAAUCCACAAAACUGUAACACCUAUACUAAUACAACACAUAGCCUAUUAAUUAACCAUAAUUUAAUUUAAAAUAUAUAUGUAUGUUUUAAGCAGUAAUAUACAAAGGCACGCAUAUACAUAGUUGCAACACUAGUCUCUACUAUCUCUAUUUAUGUAUGUAUGUAGUCUAUAUUAAAUUCACUCUUACUUAUGUAUUUGUAAAACUGCAUUGUAUUGUGUAAUUAAUUGUAUUUGUACGUAUGUCAUGUAUAUAUCAGUUAACUGUAGUUUGUAUGUUAAAUUGUAAUUUUGUGUGCCACAAAUUGCACACUCAAGGCCAAAAUUCUGUACUUUUUGCGACACACAUACAUAAACAUGUAUACUAUGUAUGUGUGUAAAUAUAUUUUUUUGACUUACUACUUUCUAAUAAGUGUAACGCAGCAUACUUUUGUGCGCCUCGAACAGCGUUAGAAAGCGCGCUCACUAAGUGUAGGAUACCAACAGGCGCCAGGAAAUGAAUGCUGUGCUCAGUUUAUUUGUGUGUAAGCAACUAAUUUGUAAAACUACAAACUUUUACAGUUAUAAACAGUUACACCCACACCCAAACACACAACGACACCACACUUGACACACACAUACAUACAUAUACGUUGUAAAUGCAGGCAGCUUUAUAUGUAUAGUACAUAUGCAUGUGUUUAGCAUGCUUUGCGCGAUUUUUGUGUGUUUGUAUGUAACUAAAAAAUUGCAGCAACAAUGUAAAAGGUUGAAGAAACGCAAAUGAACAGUUAUACCUAUUAGAAAAUGCUGCAACUGAGUUGCAACACCAAACGCAAAAUAUGCAACAGAAAAAAUUUAAAAAAAAUAUAUUUAUAGAAAGAAGCCCACCUAAAGCCAAUAAUUAAGUGCAACACUGAGAUGGCAGUAGCAGAAGAAAACAAUAUCGAUAAUAUGUAUGUACUAUAGCAACCAAAAGCAAACACACCAACACAACCUAACCUCAAAAUUAAGUAAAUAAAUAAUUAAACGUUUAGGAGCAGACAAACACAGGCACACACACCCACACACACAAAAGGAGGAGCAGCAGCAUAAGAAAAAUCACAAAAAAAUAUUAAUUGAAUAUUCCUUAGAAAGCACCAACAACUUGUACCCCCGAUUAGUAUGUGAGGCAAAUAAUAGCACAUAGUCUACAAAAUAGUUAAUAAUAAACGUAAACAAUUAGCAAUGAGCGAACGAACGAACUAUAGGCAAGGUUUAGCAAAAGCAGAAUUUCAUGUGAAUAACCGUAGACCGUAGUCAAUGGUGUUACAAUUAGAAACCGCUAUUAGAACAUAACGUAAAUACCUUAAAUUAAAGUCACAUACAAAUUUUAGUACAACUACGCACUGCACUUUCAAAAACAAAAAAAAAACAACAACCAAAAGUAAAAACCAAAAA